ACUCGCCUGGACGCGCAGGGCGUGCCUGGGAAAGCCUCUGUCCACCGCUCCUGCAGCAUGUCGACGAACGAUAAACCGCUUGGUGGACGCGUGGCCAUCGUCGGCACCGGCAGCCGCGCCGCGAUGUUCGUGCGCGGGAUCGUAGCGCGGCCGCACAGUCGUGUCGUCGCGCUCUGCGAGCCCAACGCCGUACGCGCAGAGUACUAUAACAAGCUCCUCGCGGGGCUCGGCGCGCCGCACGUGCCGGUGUAUCAGCCUGAGGCCUUCAAGGAGAUGCUCGAGAAGGAGCAGGUCGAGACGGUGGUGAUCACUUGUGUGGACGCGCUGCACGACCUGUACAUUGUUCCUGCAUUGGAAGCUGGAGUGCGAGUGUUGACCGAGAAGCCUAUGACCACGGAUGUCGAUAAAUGCCGUCGCAUACUGGACACUGUCAAGCGUACAGGAAAUCAUAUCACUGUGACAUUUAACUAUCGGUACAAUCCAGUACACGAACUGGUCAAGCGCACAAUAGCAGCUGGAAAGAUAGGAAACGUUUUGUCUGUCCACUUUGAAUGGCUCCUAGACACCGUCCAUGGCGCAGACUACUUCCGCAGGUGGCACCGCCAAAAGACGAACUCGGGUGGCCUCAUGGUGCACAAGUCGGGGCAUCAUUUCGAUCUCGUCAACUGGUGGCUCGACGCGACGCCGGAGACGGUCGCGGGCUUGGGCCGCCUCGCGUUUUACGGCGAGGAGAACGGCCGGCGGCACGGCUGGGGGCGCAAGUACGAGCGUGCCCGCGGCGCAGCAGAGGCGAAGGAUGACCCGUUCGCGAUACACCUCGAGGGUGAUGAGACGCUGAAGAGUAUUUAUGCGGACGCAGAGAAGGAAGAUGGGUAUCAUCGGGAUCAGAACGUCUUUGCACCUGGUAUUGGCAUCGAAGAUGACAUGGCAUUGCUUGUGCGGUACAACACGGGGGUGACGAUGACAUACCACCUUACGGCCUACUCGCCAUGGGAGGGCUACCACGUCAUGUUCAACGGCGACCAAGGCCGCCUCGAGCUCGAGGUCGUCGAGUCACAGUUCCGAGAGGUCUCGGACCCGCAGCUCACGGGCGGACAGAUCCACGGCAACGCGCCGCCGCCGAACCCGGGCGAGGCGACCGUGAAGCUGCACCGGCUCUGGCAGCAACCCGAGCUGCUGCCCAUCAAGAUGGAGCACGGCUCGCACGGCGGCGGCGACACGCGCAUGCUCAGCGUGCUUUUCGGCCCGCUGCCCGGCGAGCAGGUCGACACGGGCGACGCGUCGAAGCAGGGUGCGAACGAGCGCGACGGCGCGAUGGCGCUCGCGGUCGGACUUAUGGCAAACGAGAGCUUCAGAACGGGGCAGUUCCAUCACAUGAAGGACCUCGGUUUCCAAUUCUAAAAUACAUAACAAUAUAAGUUAUUCGUGUCGGCACACAGGAGAACCCUGAAAGCGAGGGAAUGGUAGUACAAUGUACAACGAGAGCAGGCCGGGGCGACCAAGAAUAUUCUAGGAAAGAUUAUUGACACGUGUAGCAGGACGGAAGAUAAGCAUACAGAUAAGAGCACCAAGAAAGGUAAAAGGAUGUCUACGACGUGGGCGAGCACGGAGUGGGGGAUGAGAGGGGCAUGUAGCUGGUCUAUCAAAAAGAGAGCCCUGCGAUAUCGAAACCAAUUUCUCUCCAAUAGAGGGUUACUGCGGGUCGUACGAUCCGAAUGUACAGCGCGAGAUGUUCACGUCCGGUUGCAAGGAAUGUAUCAGGCAGCCACGACAUCUGGCUGAUAUGUUCCCCGCUACGGGCAGCAGUGACGACGAGCUGGUUGAUGUCCCGGAUAUCGACGUACUGCUUCUGCUGCAUAUCCGAGCGGGUCGAAGCACGAUGAUCCGACCAACCUUGGAGCUUCAGAAGGAGCAGUACGAGAAGAGGUAGGACGGGGAGGGUCUCCUUCCAGACGAUCCGGUCGCUGGGAAGCAGUGGGAUAUUCAUGAUGCCAGGGAUAAGGAUAUCGACUUUGCAGGAGCGUCUGGAGUAUAAGAAAUUGGGUUCAAGUCUGUAAUAGAGAAUCUUGUAAGUCUCGCCCGGCUUUCUGGAGGGUUGAAGAUAGAAGUCGCGAGAACGAGAGACGAUUGCCUUGAGCUGCUCUGUGGUAUGUAUAGUCGUCAUGACGAUGAUAUCAACAUCCUGUGGGAGAGUCAGUGUUUAAACGGCAC